AUGGCAGUAGUUGUUGUGUGGGAUCUGAGAACUAAACUAGCAGGUUAUUUGUACAAGAUUGCGAAAUCUAAACUAAAAGAUGAGUUGGGUCAAGUGGGCUCUAAAUUAUGGGCUUUAAAGUAA